UCCACGCUUCGUCUUUCUCUCUCUCUCUCAUCUGCAAAAUUCCGUUUUUCAUUUUCUCUCUCUCUUCUUGUCAAAAGUGAGAAAGCGACCGGAGUUCCGUACUUUGGAUUAGAUGUGUUUCGUCUCGCUGUUUCGUCAGUUUCCUACUACACACCAUUAGUCUUCCUUCUCUCUCUCUCUCUCUCUCUCUGUCUGAAUACGACUUUCCCUCUGUUCCCCCAUUUCUUCUCUCUCAUCCUCUCACAUUCUCUCUAUUAUCGAGGCUUCAUUGAUUCACCAGAGACAAUCUCAUUGAAUAUAGUUUUUACCCCUCUCGAUCGAUUCAUUGCGUAAAGCUCGUCUCCUGUGUUCUAUUCUGUUCUGUUCCUGUUUCAGACUCUGUCUUUUUUCUUUUUCUAAUCCAGAAUUGGCUCUGUUCUUCUACUUUCUGUGUAAUAAAGUUUUAUCCUUUCUUCUCUUUUAAGACAAUCAAUAUUCCGAAGUUCACUCUCUUUUGUCGGAUUCCUUAUAUGAUUCAUCAGAUCGGAAGUAUUCACUUUCUCUACAUCUAUUAACUUUUCUUUCACCGGAGAGAUCCGAUCGCCGGAGAAUGGGAGGCUUAUUGCAUCUCUUCGAUUUCCACAACAACAGUUUCUCCCGGAGAGUUUUCUCUCAUCACAAAACCCGUGACGAAGAUCUGGAAGCUCCUAGGAAUAGUUUUGAGCUUCAAGUUGACAAUCUUCACACUUACCAUAACGACAAAGAUAAACCGCCGGGUUAUGGAUUUGAGGAAGAUGAAUGGUAUGAGAGAAGCUGUUACCCCAUCGAGGAAUCAAUGAAGAAGAAGAUCAUCGAAGAGCUCUCAAAACGUUCCAACGAUAAACAUAAUUCCCCAAGUCUUGUAGCUAAGCUGAUGGGAAUGGAAGCACUUCCUUUGGAGUCAACUAAAUCAACGGCUUGGAUCAAUCCUCGCCAGACUGCUAAAGUGGAUCACUCUCAUGAGAAAGGAGGAGGGAAAAGAAACAAAAAGGAGAGGAGAUUAGCCUCAUCGGCAGUGAAUGUAGUGGAGAGAAAUGAUAUUAUUAAUCCACCAGUGCGUAGAAAACAUCCUCAAGAAGAAGAGCUUCAAAGAUUCAGAAGAGAGUUCGAAGCAUGGCAAGCUGAUAAAAGGUCUAAAGAGUGUUCAAGAAUCAUCGAUUCCGGCUCCGUGGCGGCGGAGAAAGAGAGGCUCUUCACAAGAACUAGAAGCUUCGGUCGAGAUUUCAACUUGAAAUCAGACAGAACCGGUCCAACUAAGAUCGUGGUUUUAAGACCUGGUCUUCAGAGAGUGUACGAUUACGAAGACUCGUUAACUACUUCUUCAGGGACGACCAUGGAAGGAAGCAGCAUCGAAGAGUUUCUUGAGGAAGUGAAGGAGAGGCUAAAAGGUGAGCUUCAAGGAAGAGCUGCUCUCAAGAGAAGCUCAUCAGUGAGGGGAAGCGGCAUCGAGACACCUUUCAGCGAAAGACCUUUUCCGAGAUCCGAAUCGAUGAGGUCGUACGCCGCUAGUGAGGUUCAGUGCAAUGCACCAGACUCUCCUCAAGAUUUUAUUAGUAAGGAUACAAGAAAACUACUAGCAGAGAGAGUUCGCAAUGUUUUGAGUAAAGAGAUGAGUAGCAGUAGCCGUUUGAGACCUACUGUGUCCGACGCAGAGAGCUUACAGAAAUAUACUGAUGAAAUUGAAGAAGACACAAGAAGAAAUGUUCAUAAGAAGGAGCCUUCAUCACCAAGAAACCUCAAAAGAUCACUAUCAGCUCCCGUCUCAGGGACAUCGUUUGGUAAGCUUCUGUUGGAGGAUCGGCAUGUUUUGACUGGGGCGCAGAUCAUGAGGAAGCACGAGGCUGUAAUAACAGAGGGAGAAGAAACAGAACCAGUUGUUGUGGAUCCAAUUAGGAGGAAAGAAAGAUUCAACCUCAGGAAGAAAGUUUCCAGCUUUAGAUCAACUCUGAGAGGAAGAAUCUUUGGUAAGAAGAUACGUUCAAUGAUCGAAUCCAACAGUUUUGAGGAUGAAACGAUCAAAGACUUCGUGACGGGUUCGAGGUUUAACAGCUUUUACGAUCGAAAUGAGAAUUCAACAGAAGUGCCUCCAAGCCCUGCAUCAAUCUGCAGCAGUACACCAGAAGAGUUUUGGCGAAAUGUCGAUUAUCUCAGCCAGGUUUCGACUCCCGAUGUGACUGUAUCUGAUGAGAAUGGUAUGCCUCAAGUCUUCAGAGACAUCAGUUCCAAUCUAAGUGAACUAAGAAGGCAGAUAAAUGAGCUUGACUCAGAUAUACAAGUGCCGACCCCUGUGGAAGAAGAAACUGCUCGAGAGAUUGAGAUUACCGUUGACUUAGGAAAUCCAGAUAAGACAUUUGUUAGAGAUCUUCUUGUGGCUUCUGGUUUGUAUGAAGGGACAACAGAUAGAUCCUUGUCUAGAUGGGAUCCAUUUGCAAAGCCUAUAAACAAGUCUGUUCUUGAAGAAACUAAAGAGAAUCUCAAGAAGAGAAACAAUCAGAAUCAAGAAGGCGAAGAGGAUAUUGAAGAUAAUCACAACAUACUGUUUGAUCUUCUGAACGAGGUACUUACGGUGGUGCUUGGACCAGUGAGAAAGUCAGGUUUCAGGAAGAAACUUAUGAACUCGUACGUGUUUGAACCAACGUCUAUACGAGGUAAAUAUUUGCUGGAAUCAGUUUGGAGGAUCAUGUCGGAGUAUUUAUAUUCUCAGCCUGAGAAACCCUUUUGUUCAUUGGAUGGGAUCAUUGGUUGGGACUUGGAGAGGUGUCCAUGGAGUGGUUUGAUUGGUGAAGAAGCUACUGUGUUGGGGAGAGAAGUUGAAGGUAUGAUCAUGUCUGAUCUUGUUGAGGAAGUUGUUAAAGAUCUAAGAGCACAAAUGGUUUAAGAUAAAUAAGAGUUGAGAUUCUGAAGCAGAACUGAUUGAUUUGGUUUGGUUAUGUGAAUGUUUUUGUGUGUGUGUUUUUCUGUAAAUAGGGUUAUUUUUAAUGGAGUGUUUUUUCUUGAAGAGGGAAGUUUCCAUGGUACCUGUAAUUGUUUAUUUGCAGUACAGGGAAGCUCUCUUCAUUGCUACAUAACUACUAUUUUACUAAUACUAAAAUGAGUUUAUAAA